CUAAGAUGGCUCAAGAAUCGCAGGAUUUGGGAUCUGAUUACGAUAUAAAGGAAUGUGAGCUUCCUGCGGACUCUGUCUUCCUUGGUCAUGGUGGGAGUGGCUACUUCUUUUGCUCUGGCAAGAGCUACUUGGCAUUUAGCGACCACUUGGAGCUGUUGUCAAAGGUUGAUUUAAAGCAUCGUUGUUUGGUAGGCUAUCGAUUUGAUCGCACUUUGGCGUUAGCUGCUAGCAACAGUCUCUAUCUUAUUGAUCCUUCCGGGACUUUGAGUGAGCGUAAAUUCAAGAAACGUUUGAUUCACGUACACCUGUUGGAUGAGUCUACAUUGCUACUGGUCGUGAUAUGCCGGAAUCGUAAGGCGCUACAGGUAGUACUUGGUGAGCACGACUUGAGACUAGAAUCUUACAAGGGUCAAUGUCAAUCUGACAUUAUAUUUGCUGCUUUUGUUGAUGACUUUGUGUUUUGUUUAGCUUAUGUUCAUGAUAAUUCGGAAGUUAAAAUCGCACUAAUCGCAAUUAAUGAUGGGCGUCCUACGCUUAUCAGACACCAGUGCUUCCGACAGGCCAAGAAAGCUUCUAUGUCUCGUGCCAUUGGUAGUUCCAAUGCUUUCAUGCUUGAGUGUGACGGUGACCGCAGUGUGUUACGGUAUGAUUAUCUCCACAAGGCUAUGGUUUUGGUACGUCACUUUAAGUUUAGUCCUUCCAAGGAGGCUGUACUCUGUCUAAUGGAUGAGGACCACGUCGUACAAUUUAUGGCGGGGAAAGCUGGAUUACAUGUGACCUGUGACGGUAUAUUUACAGAGGCACAUUCUGAAUGGUUGAUGCCAUAUGGUGAGAAGCACGGCAGCGUCUUAUCGGUUACAGCCACUAACCGUGAGGUAUCGGUGUUGAUUCGUGCCGGUGACACUAAGGCUGUAAUUGUUCAGUUCACUCUUGGCGAGCGUCCUCUGGAGAUAUUCGUUGGCAACAAGAGCAUGUUGAAGAAGUCCCAAGACGAGUUGCGUGAGCUCAUCCAACAAGGCAAGAUCCCUAUAAACUCUGAGUUGGUAGAUCACAUCAUGCGCAAGAAGAUGCGAUCAUGUGCUGUUGAGUGUCUGCAGUCGGUGUACAUACCCGAAUCACAAGCUAUAAGUUUAGUGAUGAAAGACAUGAGUCUAUUGAGUGUGUUCAUCGAGCACACCAGGGGUGACCAAAACGGUUUAGUUAAGGCCAUCCGCAACCAGUUACCUGUGGAAAUGUGUGGCGAGAUCAUCGAGCGUCUGCUGCAGAUGCUGGACGAUAUCGGUUCCGUUGGCACGCAGCAACUGCACUGCUACAAGCGCGUGGUUGCAUUCCUCAACAUAUUUAUGGACGCCAUGCUAUUUGAGAUGCAUGAAGCUAAGUUACUGAAGCAAGAGUGGAUCGACCGACUACAGGGCUUGGUGAAGCACUGCAACACUGAGAAUCACAACCUACAGAGCCUGCUCAGCUUUACGAACAGUUUACUCAAGAAGCGCAACGUUAAGGAAGACGGGGACAACAGCUCGUUGAUCGUCGUGCAGCCAAUCACGGUAUAGCCCUUGCAACACGCG